GGCAAAGUCGAGUAUCUGGUGAAGUGGAAAGGAUGGCCCCCCAAGUACAGCACAUGGGAGCCAGAGGAGCACAUCCUGGAUCCCCGCCUUGUCAUGGCCUACGAGGAGAAGGAGGAGAGAGAUCGAGCAUCAGGGUAUAGGAAGAGAGGUCCGAAACCCAAGCGGCUUCCGCUGCAGCAGCUGUACAGCAUGGACCUACGGAGCUCCCACAAAGCUAAGGGCAAGGAGGAGCUCUGCUUCUCUCUGACAUGCCCACUCGGCAGCGGGAGCCCCCGGGGGGGGGCAGUGGUCAAGGCGGGGGCAGCUGAGCUGGUGGACAAGGGCCCCUUGGUGCCUAUCCUGCCCUUCCCGCUCUGCAAGCCGUGCAAGGCCCACAAGUACCUGCGGCUCUCACACAAGAAGUUCCCGCCACGCAGCGGGCCCCACCUGGAGAGUCACAGCCAUCGACGGGAGCUCUCCCUGCAGGAGCCACCAGCCCCAGAUGUCCUGCAGCCCACCGGCGACUGGGAGCCUACGGAGCAGCGCCCUGAGGAGGAGGAGGAGGAGGAGGAAGAGGAGGAGGCAGAAGCAGACCUGGCCAGUGGGCCCCCUCCCUGGACACCCACGCCCCCCUCAAGUGAAGUGACCGUGACUGACAUCACCGCCAACUCCGUCACCGUCACCUUCCGUGAGGCUCAGACUGCCGAGGGCUUCUUCCGAGACCGAAGUGGAGACCGAAGUGGGAAGCUGUGAACAGCGGCUUCCCCUCUUAAACUGUGUCCCUUGGGGCUUGGGUGAGGAAUUCCAGAGACAGGAGGGGCUGGGAGCAGGGCAAAUACUUUAUUUUUUUAAAAAAGCAGAAGCAUGAGGAAGACCCUACCACCCUGCCCUUGCCCCAUGAGGGUUGUUUACAAAGGGGCCUCUGGGACAGGGAGGGAAGGCAGUGUUGCCUGGGUCUCAUCUCCAGAUGGUGAUGGACUCUCUCUCCUGCCCAGUACACCUCUAUUACUAUCUUGCAGAGACUGAUCCUAGAGGUCGAGGAGCCCAGGAGGUCCAGAUCUUGCCUUGAGGAGUCACCAGCUCUCUGGUGGUGUCUACUCCCUGUUCCUUGGCUUGGGUCUCAACUAUGAACUUUCUACUCCAGCUUUGUGGUGGGACAUGGAGGCUGGCUUUGGCCACCAGGGACAGGAUCAGGACGAAGGGUGUGGCCUGGACCAGAGAAGAGGCUGCCUACCAAGCCUUCUCUGAACGUGCUGCUCCCUCCAUCACUGGCCUGUGUAGAUGCCCGUGAACACAUUGAGCCACCCCAGUGUGGACACACUGCCUGUGUGUGUUCUCCCUGCCCCGUGUCUUAGACCUGUCCACAUGGACCUUGCACACCUUUAGAACUGACCACGUGAACAUGGAGUAAUUCACAGCACAAAUGAACUUGCUACGGCACCUUCACUCCACCUUGCACAUCUGCCAUGACAGGAUCAGUCUGUGUGGCAGGAUCAGACAGCUUGGGCCCAGCCUGGACCUGGUGGCAUCUGAUCUUUCAGCGACAGAUAGGACCAGGCUUCAGGUAUGCAAGGUGCAGAUGCUUCCACCCAAUAUCGCAGACAUUUGGCCCUUCCUUUCUCCCACAGGAGUUCAUGUUCUUUCAGACUCAGGUGACUUCCAGCACCCCACCCCACCCCUCUCUGCCCUCUCCUGCAGCUCAGCUGAUCUGGGUAUCCAUGGAUGCCAGUGGGUGUGGGCAGUCAGGGAGGGAGUGUCCCCUCUCUUUCUCAGGGCAGUCCUUGUCUUCUGUGUUCCCUCCCCACCCACCUGAAUGACACAGCUAAGGGUGCCCCUCAUACCUUGUGGGGAUUGAACUAUGAACUGCUGCACUCAAGCCUGUGUUCCUGGUGAGGGGAAGUUUGCUAGUUUGCACAGGUACCCUAUAGGCUAAUACCUUCCUACCUGAGGAGGGACAACUCCCUUGUCAAGGUCGCAUUGCUCUCACUCCCUGCCAUCACAGGAACCUGUGUGGCUGGGUCCCAACAGCCCCCAAUUCUGUUUUUAGGAGGCCAUCAGAGUUUGCAGGAGCCAGGUUAAGGUGACUCUUAGACUCUCCCAUUCCCAAACCAAAGAGCCUAUACCCUGUGUCUGUCUGGGGUUUGUCCGUGGUCUCCCCCUCCUCAAUUCUCAGUUGUCCAGGGUUAACUCAGUUCUUCCAUUGGGGGCAGUCUCCUGUGGUGACUUGCUUCACUUCUAUCCUGAAUCUAGAGAAUGUUGGGGUAGGGCAGGGCAGGGAGAGUCAGGAGGAGCCCCAGCUCCUGGCAGAGAAGGUGAGGGUGGGUGGCUAAAACUUUGCUUUGCCAGUUUUUGUGGUUUGCUAGUCCACAAUACUGGGGGACAGCAUCCAGUGGAUGUCACGCUCCCCGUCCUUAGUGGCGUGAGACUAAAUGCCUGUAUAACUUGGAUCAUGAGGCUUGGGUGGUUGGGGGAGAAGGGGACUUUCCGGGCAGCUGUCUUCUGUCUUUAGCAGCAGGCAGUGUCCAUUUCUCUCACAUGACCCUUUAUGACACCCACUAACUCGGGGAGAUUGUGGCCUAAGCUGGAGAUCCCUCUGGGCAGUCAUGUGGCUAUGGACUGACUUCCUAGAGAGAAUGGCUGCAGGCUUUGAGAGGCUGCAUGGUCUUCUCCUGGCCUGAAGCUAUCCAAGUGGACAGUACCACCCCCCCACACACACACACACACACACACUAACCCCCUACAAGGCCAGUACUAGAUUGAGGAGUGGUGGCCACCUGCCUAUCUUUCCCUUGGCCCUUUCCCAUUUGAAUGUAGAGGUUGACUAGUACUUUUCUCUCACUGUGGGCUGGGAUAAAGAUGUGCCUCAGCCUCUGGUGUGGACACUCGAAGUGCCACAGUUGAGCCCGUUUGGGCUGUGUGGUUAUCAUCUGGUAAGAUGGUGAUCUCAUUGCCAAGUUCCUCCCACCUCCUGCCCACUGGGGAAGCUCAGUGUCAGUGAGGUGGUAUAGGUUUUUGCUUUAAGUGGCGAGCCAGACCUGGCCGCCAGGUCUCAGCACAAGACCGCUCGCUUCCUUUGCACAGAAUGAGCUUCGAGCCUUGUUCAGACUACAUGAAUGUAUCGGGAGGGGUUGGGAGGGGCUCAGGCCUUCCCCUGGGACAUGUGCUGGGGAGAGGCAGCAGGUGCAGAGUGUGGUUUUAUUUUUGUACUGAUGGGUAAGAGAUUGUAUAGCAUCUAUUUAUUUGAUUUAUCUGGUAGAUUAGGCAAAAAUUAUUAAAACUACAUUAAAAUGGUUUUUAAAAUCCUA